AUGAACUAUAAAUGCUUCUCAGACCGCAAUGCCUAUGUAGAUUUGGCUAAGCUCUAGCCAAACUAAGUCUCAUACUCUGCCUUAGAUAAAUAAAUAAAGCUACCUAUUUAUCAUCCUUAAGCACUUAAUUUGAAUAACCUCAUAAGACCAAAGAUAGUUUAAAGUAACUAAAGAUACUUGGCAUUUUGCCUAUAAGGUGGAUAAGUAGAAAUUAGAGAGCGAAGUAAUUUUGAAAAUAGAACUAAAAUUUAAACCUAUCUCCCUAUAAGCUAGUAAGUUAAUGACAUACUGUUUGAUAGUGAUGGUAUGUUGUAUAUUUUAGGAAGCAAUAAAAUACUUUAAGUCUACAAAAUAACUGAAUCAAAUGUAUCUGUGUAGAGCAAUCUAGUAUAAUCAAUAGAAUUAGAUGAUUCAUUUUGCAAGCUUGCUGUAUAGCAGGUGACUUAGACUAAAAAUGACUAGCAAGUCAUUCAGAAAUGGAUUAUUGCUUACAAUAGUGAACAGUUAAAAUUAAUUGCAAAAAGCAAUGAUGAAUUUUUAGAUGAAAAAUACAUGAAGGUCUUAACAAAUGAUAUGAUAUUUGGCAAUAAAGGACCUUAGCCAUAGAUCUAACAAAUUCAGAUUGCCAAGUGUGGUUUGAUAUAUCUUAUGGAUACAAUAGGCAGAAUCACAGUGAUAAAUCAUGAACUUUAAAAUGAUGCAAACGGAGUGAUAUUUAUCCAUAAAAAGUCAAUUGGAACAAAGAGAUUUGAAAUCCUAAACCUUGAUUAAUUCAAACCAAAUGAAGUUCUUUUAGAUGAGAUACCGACUAUUGCUUAAAAAUAAAGCUAGUUCCUAAGGAAAAAUCUGCUGGAGCCUUUUGAUCUUAUAUUGGCACAAACUGAUAAUGAACUUAAAAUUUGGGAUAUGAGCAGAGAGCUCAAUAAAAAAGAAGGCACAUGCAUGCUAUAGACAAAUAUAGUCAUUGAUUCUGCAAGAAUAGUUGAAAGUAUGGCCAGAGAUAACUUUGUAUUAAUGUUGCAUGAAUAAUAAAAGCAGUUGUAUUCUAUUGUGAAAAUUGAUGUUGCAGCUUCUGACACUGUCAAGUUCUCUUAGAUUAGCAGCUAUCAAUUUGAUAACAAAAAACUCUCCAAUCAAGAUAUAUCAGACUUCACAUUUGUGAUUAAAAGUAACUAGGCAGCUAAAUUUACAGCAAACAUUGAGAUUUCAUUGACUGGUCAAAAUAUGAGAUGCUAUCUAUUCAAAUUCACUAGUUAGGAUAAACUCUACUCACAACUAUAGGAAUAAAACAUUAUUAAGCAAACAUCAUUCAAAGAAUAAUUACUAGCGAAAUCCGAAUUCUAAUAGCUCCUAAAAAUAUCUAAGGCAUCAUUAAGCACAUAUUCAUCAGUAGCCUUUGGAUUGUUUUCUAUUGGAUUCAAAGGUCUAUAAAAGUUUAGAGAGAUAAGUUUGUAAAUAAAGGAAGAAUAGCAAAGACCAAAGGUUCAAUUAGAACUAAUGCCACCUGUAAAUGAAAGAGCAAGUCCAGAUAAUAAUAAUAGCAUUAAAGACUCAUUGAUCCUGGAUGAUAACUUCUUCUAGAUGAUUGAUAAGAAGUCUAUCAAUGAAUUCGAUUACAAGUCUGUUUAAAAUAACAGUUUCAUUAAAAACAUGCAGAUUCUUUCAGGUAAUGGAGCCUAGCAGCCUCCAACAAAACAAGGCAUUUAAUCCGCAUCAUAGGCAGCGGUAAACUCUAACCUACUGACUGAUAAACAGAUGUAAAAAGUGAAUAAACUCUCAAAUCAAUAGAUAUAGAUGAGUUAGCAGAUCACAUAACAACUAGAAAAAUGCAACUUAAACAUGAAAAAGCAGCUAAAAUCUCUAAAGCAAGCGUAAAAUCUGAUCAAGCAAAAGGUGACUUUACAAGCUGAGCUUAUUUGUCCAAACAUUAUAAAAGAGGAGACUGAUAAAGUAAUGGAGAACUAUGUAGAAAAGUCAAUUAAUUAUUUCUAAAAGAGCUAGACUUAGCAUGUCAAUAGUAUGUUCGACAAAAUUAGAGCAAAGUACUUAUUGUCAAGUGAUGAUAACUCAUAAUAGAAAUCCAAUGCUAAUAAUGAUCAGAUAAAUCAAGAAAACCCCUAGAGAGAUAUUUCUAGCUCUGGAUCUUUGAAUACUUCUCAAAAUGAUUCAUUGAUUUAGAAGAUUACACUGGAAAGUUCUGAUAGAUUUAGCACUGACCUAAGUUAUGUUAUUUGUAAUACUUUUGCUAGGGUAACAGAGGAGUUUAUCAAUGAGCCUUAUUAAGAAUUAGUUCAAGAUUUCUCCAUAAAGUAGAGAUCAUUAUGGGAGAAACAUUCUAGCUAGUAUGAUUAGUUAGAAACCAAGAUUAAAAGAGCUCUUGAUGUAUCAGAGUGA